CCUGCCUGUCAGAUGUAGGCCCCAUUUUGUGCACUCAAGCUUCAAGCUGUUGCAAAGAGGUCUCUCAGCAAUGGCUGCAGCAGAAAUCCCCAGUUAUAUUGUUUCUUCUCAGACUGAGAAGCACAGGAGGGCCAGGAACUGGACUGAUGCAGAAAUGAGAGGUUUAAUGCUGGUUUGGGAAGAAUUUUUUGAUGAACUGAAACAAACUAAAAGGAAUGCCAAAGUUUAUGAGAAAAUGGCAAACAAACUCUUUGAAAUGACUGGAGAAAUUCGCCAUGGAGAAGAAAUAAAGAUAAAAAUUACAAACAUGACAUUCCAGUACAGGAAAUUAAAAUGCAUGACUGACAGUGAAACCCUUGCACCUGAUUGGCCUUAUUUUAAAACAAUUGACAGAAUACUAUCAAAAGUGUCAGAGCACAAUGAUGUGAAAAUGCAUGACAGUCAGCAACCAGGCCCUUCAACGUCACAAACUGAGGCCUCGCAGUCACCAUCUGCCAAGUCUACACCUCUCUAUCUGCCAUAUAACCAGUUCACAUAUGAAGGGAGAGAAGAAUUUUUCGAAGAUGAGCAUUCUGAGAGCUCGUCCAGCUUACUUUCUUAUAAGUUAAGAACUGAAGAGAGACCUGUGAAAAAAAGAAAAAUGCAAAGCUGUAGCUUUCAAAAGAAGAAGCUAAAAUUAAUGGAAGCAAUGCUAGAGGAACAAAAGAAGUUGAGCAGAGCUAUGGAAGAAACAUGCAGGGAAGUGCGAAGGAUUCUGGAUCAGCAGAACAUAAUCCAGGUUCAGAGUCUGCAGCUGCAAGAGAGAAUGAUGAACCUACUGGAGAAAAUGAUCUCCAAAGCCAAUGUUUAGUCUCCUUUGCAAUGCUCCUGAAAGUACAAUAUUUAUCUAUUUUUGAGAAAUUGCAUAUUUCUAGGUACCUAGAAGCACCUAGGGUUGUUUCUUCCUUCCAGGUACAUUAAAAUUGUACUGUAAAUAUA